UGCAAGAGCGCUUGAGUCCGCUUUCAAAGUGCAGACGAGAGUUGUCUACUGAGUGUCUGGAGGCGCCAGGCAAGAAUUGGGGGCGGGCAGAAUCCUUUUUCCAGGAACAUGCUUCCAUUUGGUAAGGAGGAAUCCACUUCCUUGGAACGGCUUUUCUGGUUUUUCUGUGAGUGUGUGCAGCGAGGAGACUGGGAACUUGCCCAAGCCUGUGUUCCUCAAUUGCAGCAGUGGCCGGAUGAUGGCACUGAAAAGGUGGGAAUGAUCCUGCAUGCGCUGGUAGCCUGCCCUUCUCGUUUGAGAUGCAGAUCAAACUGUAGUCCUCAAAGACUUGCUUGGUUUUGGUUCCUUGUACUGCAGAAGUGGUUAGCAUUAGAACAGAAAACGAUUCCAGUAGUUCUCCAGAGAGAAACGGAAUUCUUAGUGCUCUUAGAAGAACUUGGAAAGGACGUCUCCCAAACCACCCUUGAGGAGCUAUAUGAAGCUUUUGAAAACACACAUGGGUUGAGCAAGAAGCAAAGGGACGGAUCUGUGCUGAAAUUUAGUGUGGAAGUCAUCUCUGCUCUCCGAAAACUGCUAUUGCAGGCACCUCGGAAGGUGCAAGUUCUAUUGGACUAUCUGCAGAGAGAUCCUGCUGGACAGAAUUCUUCCCUAACACACAGUGGCUCUGAGCAAAGCCUUCUUCUUGGCUUCCUCUGGGACUCCCUAAAGCUUUUGAAGGGUCUUCCGCUAAAUCCAGAAUCAUCAGAACAGGACUGGAAGGAUGUUGUAGAUGAAAUUUAUAAUGGACUCAGUAUACUGAAUGUGGAGGUGGAGAAUCAGACCGGGGAGCUGCGCCUUUUGUGCAGAGAACUUUUGGAUGCUUGUUGGGCUGGAGGAAGUCCACUGAAGGAAGAGAGGUUGCUCAGCUGUAUGUUGAGGAAAGACAGCCAUGCCUUGCUAAGUGUAUUUGGCAAUGUUUUCAUUGAGAAGAUGAGAGAAAAACUGCUGGGGCCAAAGUCACCAGGCAAAGGUGCAUCUGAGCAGUUGGAUGCUGAGCGGGCAGUGAUGGCACUAUUCUCCGACCCUGAACAAGCUUAUUCUUGGAAGGCUGCCUAUUUCUACUUCCUUAGCAGCAAUAAACACUUCUUGGAACAAAUUCUGGUUACAGCAUUAACAUUACUGAAAAAAGAAGAUUUCUCUAGCCUCAGUAACUUAUUGAGGAGGGAAUUCAGCCGCCUCCGUCGCCUUCUGAUACUACUAGGUUGGACUCAGUGUCGUAGUCUGGAAUCAGCAAAAACGCUGCUGUGGACUCUUCACAAAUCUCAGGGCUCCUGCAAUGACACAGUCUUAAAAGAGUUCUGUGAUGGGUUGUGUUCUCAGUUGGAGGUUCUUGAAUGGUGUGUACAACAAAAUAGUAAUCGUCUCCCAGAGAAGAUACUUCUGCAACACUUGCACAAUUUGGAUUGCCACUCUUCACUUUAUCACCUUCACCACCUGACCAGCCUUGUGGCCCUGGAUGAAAAAGCUGUCAUUGAACUUCUUCAGAGAACUGCAAGCAGGGAUACAGAAGCUCAAGAUUCAAUGAUGAGGCCAGCUUCCAGCCUCUUGAGUCAACAACGCAACCUCAUUCUCUUCCGGGCAUUUUGUGCCAUGAAAUACGCCAUCUAUGCACUCUGUGUCAAUGUGCACAGGCAUGCAAACUGCAAGGACUGUGUGACCCACUUUGUUGGUGAGCGGCCUGAUCAGAAUGAACUUGCAGACCAGCCUCUCUUUCCAGAUUAUUCGAGCCUCUUUGCUCAGUAUCUUGACAAGUGCCAGCAGUUUUUAAAGACAGUCUGUGUUCCUCUACGUCUGGAGCUUCUGGAGAACAUCUUCUCCUUGCUCUUUGUCUCUGACAGUGACCUCUGCAAUAAUUCUUCCCAAGGAGGUGAGAACACAGAAGAAACUGACUGUGAGAAGAAGAAGGGACCAGAAUGCUGUGCUAGCCAAGAUUCUUCUGCCUCAACAAGUCCACAGCACCCUGCAGGGCUUGAAAGAAGACCUGAGUUGCACACCACCACUGUAUCUCAAGAGUGCACCAGGAUCCAAAGACGGCUUGACUUGGAAUCAAAUGGCAAGAGUUACAGUUCCUUCAGAUUUAGUUACUUGGAUUUGAAACACUUCACCAGUGGGAUUAAGGGAUUUUUAGUCAACGAUGUUGCAAUGGAGAACUUUCUCAAAAUGCUCCUGGAAAAUCUGAAAGAAAUGCAGAAUUCUCUCCCAUGGGAUUCAAAUCAUAUGGCUCAGGAGGAAGUGGCAUUGCUGGAUUGCUUGAAUUUAUGUGUAAACAGAGAUAGCUUUGGCUCCCGCAUGCAGCUGUUCUCGAAGUACCUCUCUGAAGCUCAAUGGCGGCACAAAAUAGUGAUGAGUAAUAGAAAUUCAGGUGAUCAAUGUGUACACUCUAGAAUGUGGAGUCAUUUAACCAGAGGAUCCAGUGCAAAAAGGCACACUCGACCUCAAAGACAAAAGCCAGACAGCAAGGAAGGCGUCUCGAGCACCUCGCCAGAAAGUACAAGCAGUGAAUUAAGUAGCGCGGAUGCAUCAGAAGGAAGUGCUAGUAUGCUGUCUGACUGGAGUGAUGUGGAAUACAAGAUAAAGCCGCGGCAGAACUUCCUCAUCCCAAUGAUGCUCUCUCCACCAGAAUCGCUUCUUGUUGCCUGUAUUCUGAGGGGGAAUGUUGUAGAAGCCCAUCAGGUAGCUGCUAUGUUUAAUUUGGAGUCUUCUGUUUCCUAUGGGGAGCUAAUUUUUCUGGAACACUACCAAGGAGUGAUCGAGGAACUGGCAAAAGUGGAACACAAGAUUGAUACUCAGUCGUUGGAAAGUUCUGGAAGCCUGAAACAGUCUGUCAGUGGCCGUUCGACAUUACAGGCUAUUGGGAAUGCAGCAGCAGCAGGUAUGGUGUUUUACUCCAUUUCGGAUGUUACUGAUAAGCUGCUUACACCUUCAAGGGGCCUUGUUCCUAUGCUCCAAGAAGGCUUCUGGACCAACAGUAUCCAGCUGGAGCCUACAGACCCACUGAGUGAUGUCCUGGAAGGCCUCUGCCCCUCUGCCAUGGCCACAUUUGACUUGGCAGCUACCCAGUGCCACUUAUGGAAGACUUGCAAGCAGCUUUUAGAAAUGGCAGAGAGGAAAUUGCACAACAGCCUUGAAACAAAGGGACGAAGACUUGAGUCUGUUCUUCUGUGUUCUGAUGGCCUGAGAGGAUUCCCAGCAUUUCUUCAACAAAUAAGUAAAAUUAUCAAUACAUCACAAGGGCAGCCUAAAUCAGAGAUUUCCAGUGAGGAAAUAAGCAGGCACUGCCACUGCAGUAUUGCUGAUCUGCUGCAGACUUGUUACCCAAGCCUGAUUGAAGGCUCCAUUACUCAUCAUAUUGUGUUAUCACAGCACUUUGAUCAAAUCCUAGAGAGACUAGCAAAUGUAGCAAAUUCUUCAGAUUUAAAAAGUAAUUGGCUUGCCUCCUUGGUAGAACAAGCUUCUUUGAAACCUGCAGAAUUAGAGGCACAUCCUGUUUAUAAUCAAAUCAAACUGUUACUGAGAACAUUGGACCAACAUGCUCAGACCACACAGGACACCCAGGGGCAGCAUGGCUAUGUGCAGAACUUCUUUGAUUAUGUUAACAAGCUGGCUGCUGUUGUCCUCCAGAGCCUCAAUCCAGAACUAGAUCCGUCUGCUGAGGUUCAAGUAGGAAACCCCUUUUUGUUGCUGCAGCAGAGCCCUUCUCAGUUGCUGUCCCAGCUCUUGUUUGAGAGACAGGUUUCUCCUGACAGGCUGUCUCUGCUGCUUGCCAGAGAAGAGCUGAAUUUAAAUGUGCAACAAGUGAUAAUUCACUAUUGUUGUGAGGCACUACCUCUGUGCAACAUCAGGCAAAGCAGCCAGACUAGGUCCCUUUUGACCAAUAUAUGCAGCUUAGUCCAUCUCCAUGCAUAUCACUGUUUGCCUGAAGUUGAGAUACCCAUCCACAAUCCGGCCAUGGACUCUGAGGACACUUCCAGCCAUUCCUCUUCCUCUCUGGCUGAACUGAACCAGCACAUGCUCACAGCUUCCUCCCUUUCUUUCCUUAAGUCUCAGUCAACAUUAACUGCCACCAUAGCUUGUCUCAGUGCAUUAAAUGUUCAGAGAGCCCCCAAAACAAGCCUGUCAUGGAUAGAGUUCCGAGGCAAACGUGAAGUCCCCUUGUCCAUGGAGCAAAUUUCCAAGGAAUGUGAAGUACUGAUAAAGGAAUUCCCAUUUCUGGAGAGCUUUCUUCUUACUAUGAGCAAACCCUUGCAGGAUCCUCAGGAUGAGGGAAAUAGCUUGGCUAGCGGUCUCUGUGGCAAGUCCUACAUCUCCUUGCUUUUCAUGGGAUUGCAUUCUGAAACAGCUGUUGAGGUGUUAAUGGAAAUUUUUGAGCAAGCACUCACAGCAGGCGAUUGGCUCAGAGCCCUGAAGGUCUUGGAUCUCUACAGCCAGGAUAUGGAAGAGCUGGACACUGUGAGGGAUGCCGUGCUGAGUUGUGCUGCUGCUGAUGGUCUGGUGGGUUGGCAACAUCUGUUCAGAGUGAAGGAUGCCACACUGAGGUGCAGACUGGCCUUGCGCUGUCUGGAUAGGUGGCCUCUAAAGGUUUGUCUAGACAUCUUAGCUUAUUGCACCUGUGACCCUGAGGUGUCUGAAGAACUCAAAUCUGACCUGCAGAGCAAGACAAGAGAACUUCAGGUUUACCAAAAGAUUCUAAGUCUACAGGACAUCUCAUUGUGGCUUGACUGGCAAGAUCUCAAAAGAGCCUGCACUGAUGAUCCUCAGACUGUUCUGGGGGUGAUUCUGGAGGCAAAGGAUUAUGAGCUUUGUGAAGAAUGGCGUAAUUUAUAUCCUAUUCCAAGAGAUCACUUAAUCAGUCUUCACCAGGAGCAUCUCCUUCACUUGUUGGAGAUGGGAGACAUGGAGAAGGCCUUGCUGCUCUUACAAAGGAUAGAAGACCCAGACAUUCAGCUUGUCAUAAGUGAACAGUGUCUUGAUAAACAUCCCAGCUUGGCAGCUUCUCACUUUCUUGCAGAUUACCUUACAACAUACUUCUACAGGCACUUAACAGCUAUGCGUCAUAAUGAAAUUCAGGAACUCUACAUGGGAUCAAAGGUGCUGCUGACCCUUCCUGAGGCUUACCGUGCUAACUACUCUCACCUUUCCUGCAAGCCACUGCUCAUGCUGGAACAGCUCCUGAUGAACAUGAAAGUGGAUUGGGCAGCUCUGGCCAUACAGACGCUGCACCAGCUCUUGGUUGGGCAGGAGAUAGGUUUCACUGUGGAAGAUGUUGAUGCUUUGCUUUCCAAGUAUGCCGGAAAAUCACUUGACUUCCCCUUCUCAUUAAAAGAGAAAAGAUCAGAUUCCAUUAUUCAGACUCAAGAGAGUCUUUAUCAGGCAUCUGAAACUGGCACAUUGUCUAAAUCAGGAUCAACAGAAUUAUAUUCUCCUAAUUCGCCUGAUGCAACACGUUCGUCUAGCCCAAGAGAAAGAAGUCUGCCACAAGCUGUUUCUGUCCAGGAGUUUGUGCCCCCUGAGAGGCCUCCUCUGAAACACCAGUGGAUCCCAGAUGAAACCGAAGGAACAUGUAUGGUCUGCAAAACUGAACGUUUUACUAUGUUUAAUAGACGGCAUCACUGCAGACGUUGUGGGAGGCUUGUGUGCAGUUCCUGUUCUACCAAGAAAAUGGUGGUGGAAGAUUGUAGGGAAAACUUGGCUCGUGUGUGUGACCAGUGCUACAAUUACUACAACAAGGAAUGUUCAAUGGUAUUACUCCAAGAUACUACAAUUACAGAAGAUGAAGAUCACAGUCAAGAAGAAGCAACCUCUGAAUGCUCAGUUUAUUCUGCAGUGAUGCAAAUACCAAAGACAACAGAGCUUGAAUGGCUUCUUUCUUUGAGAGAAGAAGAGAAUGAAAUUGUGCGCAAUGAGUUUUUUUAUGAACAGGCUCCCAGUGCCUCUUUGUGCAUUGCCAUCUUAAAUCUUCAUUCAGACAGCGUAGCUUGUGGUCACCAGUUGAUCGAGCAUUGUUGCAAGCUGUCCCGAGGCCUGACAAACCCUGAAGUGGAUGCUGGGCUUCUCACAGAUAUCAUGAAGCAGCUGCUUUUCAGUGCCAAAAUGAUGUUUGUAAAAGCUGGAAGGAGUCAAGAUCUAGCUCUUUGUGAUAGUUACAUCAGCAAAGUGGAUGUGUUGACUAUUUUGGUGGCUGCUGCAUAUCGUCAUGUACCAUCUCUGGAUCAAAUACUGCAGCCUGCAGCAGUUACAAGGCUACGGAAUCGACUUUUGGAAGCAGAAUACUAUCAACUUGCUGUAGAGGUUUCUACAAAGACUGGCCAGGAUCCUGCUGGUGCAUGGCAUGCGUGGGGCAUGGCUUGUCUUAAAGCAGGCAAUCUAGCUGCUGCCAGAGAGAAAUUCAGCCGAUGCCUAAAGCCACCACUUGAUUUGAAUCAGCUAAAUCUGGGCACAAGAUUGGUCCAAGAUGUUAUUCAGUACCUGGAGUCUACGGUGAAGCCAAUUCUCUCUGUGCAGGAUGAUGACUACUUUGCCACACUGAGGGAACUGGAAACAGUGUUGAGGACUAGAAGCCUGUGUCUGGAGAUGAUACCUGAGGGGAAGAUCCAACACAACAGCUAUUAUCAAGAGUGCCUGUUUUAUUUACACAAUUAUGGUACCAAUCUAGCAAUUAUUAGUUUUUAUAUGAGACACAACUGUAUGCGGGAAGCACUGCUGCACCUGUUAAACAAAGAGAGCCCACAGGACGUGUUUAUUGAAGGGAUCUUUGUGCUAAGCUAUAAAAGUGGGAAACUUCACAUGUUGGAGAACUUGCUGAAAGACAUUGAUCCAAGCUUGGACAGUUGGGGUGUUUAUCUGAUUGCAGCUUGCAAGCAUUUGCAGAAGAAGAACUAUUACCAUAUUCUGUAUGAAGUGCAGCAGUUUAUGAAGGAUCAAGUCCGUGCUGCCAUGACCUGUAUUAGAUUUUUCACUCACAAGGCAAAGUCAUAUACUGAAUUGGGAGAUAGGCAGAAAUGGCUUCUGAAAGUCAAGGACCACCUAAAAAUUUACCUACAGGAAGUUUCACGGACCUCAGGAAGAAAAAAAGUACAAUGUACUUUCCGUAAAAAAAUGUCUGCACCUGAUGUGUCAAGGCAUAUUAGUACAGUUGAGCUUCAAAUGGAAGUAACCAAGUUCCUCCAUCAGUGUGAGAAACUGAGUACUUUGCCUACAGCUGACUUAGGUGUACCCACGCUUUUUGGAAACAAUCAAAUGAAAGUGGAAGUUGCUUGCAAGGUCAUGUUGGAAGGCAAAAACAUUGAGGAAGGCUUUGGGAUUGCAUUCAGAGUCCUACAGGACUUCCAGCUAGAUGCUGCUGCUGUGUACAAUAAAGUGGCCCAACAGCUAUUGAAGCAACAGAAAUACAGUGAGAUCAGGCAGCUUCUCAAAUGCAUCAAAGAAUCUGGUGUUGCUGCUAAAAAUGAUGGGGACAAUGUCAUCCUAAACUGUCUGGAUGAGUUUGAAGCUAUCCCUUCUGAGGAGCUGGAUGAUCUGAUCCAGGAUAUGGACAGUGAUGAAAACAAGAUCCAAGCAUACCUGAGAUGCCACAAACUGCGUUCUGCUUACCUGGUUGCCGUGAAGCAAGAGAACCCUAGAGCUGUGCAGUUGGUUCAGCAUGUACGGCAGUUGGCUGAAGACAGUGGGGAAGAUGUGGUACAGGCUAUUUGCACCCAAUGGCUUUCAGUGCAUCAAGCCAAGCCAAAAAGCUGGCUCGCUCAGAGCACAAGAAAGUGACUACCGGCCGAAUAGAGACUUUUUUUCAUGAAGGGAAGGCUUGGCAUCGUGCUGGUAAGAACAGCUUAAUGGUAAAAGUUACAGAUGGUGAACUGUUGGCUAAAGCAAGGCAGAGAGAAACCAUUAAGCUGUUCCUGGAGAAAGGGAAGGGAUUGGUUUCCUAAAAUGCCAUUUGGGUCCUGGUGACAACCAACCACCUCUACCUCAGGGUGUUCUCGUUGUGUUAAACAUGGAAAAGGUCAGGCUGUAUUACUAACAGAGAGAUAAAUCCUUUUGUUAUAAUAAUGGCAUUUAGC